GGUGUGUCUGCGCUCCCGGGUUACUGCAGCGAUCAAACCCGGCAAGUGGGAGACCCAUCGCCGCGAGAAGUGGGGAAGGGUCAACUGCAUAUCCGCGCGGGACUCUCGCACCCUAACCCCGAGCCCGGCCUCUGCGCGGGGGUGAGCUUCACGGACCCUGCGUGUGCCUCCAUCCUUAAAAUAUCUGAUGAGAAAGUAACUUAGAGCUUUUAAGCUUGGGUUGGACCCCUGGAUGAUGUCACGUGUUUUGUGGACAGUAUGGGUGUUGGGGGCUGUAACCAAACUCUCCAAGGAAGAGGGCCCUGAUCAGGCUUCUUCUCCAUCCUGUGACCCCAUGGGUGUCUGUGAUGGCCGUUUCAGAUCUUUAAAGUCCAUCCCGUCAGGGCUCACGGCCGCUGUGAGAAGCCUUGACCUCUCCAACAAUGAGAUCACCUACAUCCGCAACAGGGACCUACAGGGCUGCGUGAACCUCGAGGCUCUGAAGCUGGCGUUGAAUGGAAUUAAUGCCAUAGAGAAAGAUUCUUUUAAUUCCCUGCGGAGUCUCGAACAUUUGGACUUAUCCUAUAAUCUCUUAUCGAACUUAUCAUCCUCCUGGUUCAGGCCCCUUUCUUCCCUAAAGUUCUUAAACUUACUGGGAAAUCCUUACAAAUCUCUCGGGGAAACACCUCUUUUUUCUCAGCUUACAAAUUUGCAAAUUCUGAAAGUAGGGAGUACUGACAGCUUCACUGAACUUCAGGAGAAGGAUUUUGUUGGGCUCACUUUUCUUGAGGAACUUGAGAUUGAUGCUUCAAAUCUCCAGAGGUAUGAGCCAGAGAGUUUGAAAUCAAUUCAGAACAUCAGCCACCUGGCUCUUCGUAUGAAGGAGCCUAUUUUCUUGCUGGAGAUUUUUGUAGAUCUUUCAAGGUCCUUGAAGCACUUAGAACUGAGAGAUACUCAUUUGAACACUUUCCAGUUUUCGAAAGCAUCCAUCAGGGAAACAAAUACGUUGAUUAAAAAGUGGACGUUUAGAAACGUGAAAAUCACUGAUGGAACUUUUAGCGAACUUGUGAAACUGCUGAAUUGUGUCUCUGGAGUGUUAGAAGUCGAGUUUGAGGGCUGUACCCUCGAUGGGCUUGGUGAUUUUGACAUAUCCGAUGUGGACAAAAUUAAAAAUAUACGUGGGAUAGAGACCUUAAUAGUACGGAGGUUGGCUAUUCCAUAUUUUUACUCAUUUUAUGAUAUGAGUAGUAUCUAUUCACUUACAGCAAACGUGAAAAGGGUCACAGUAGAAAGCAGUAAGGUUUUUCUGGUUCCUUGCUCACUUUCACAACAUUUAAAGUCACUAGAAUAUUUGGAUCUCAGUGAUAAUUUAAUGGUUGAGGAAUCCUUGGGAAACUCAGCCUGUGAGGAGGCCUGGCCCCUCCUGCAAACCUUAAUUUUAAGGCAAAAUCAUUUGAAAUCAUUAGAAAAAACCGGAGAGACUUUGCUUACUCUGAAAAACCUGACUAAGCUUGACAUUAGUAAGAAUAAUUAUGUUUCUAUGCCUGAAACUUGUCAGUGGCCAGACAAGUUGAAAUACUUGAACUUAUCCAACACGAGAAUAUACAGGGUCACCCGUUGCAUCCCCUGGAUGCUGGAAAUUUUAGAUAUUAGCAAUAACAACCUUGAUUCCUUUUCGCUGAUUUUGCCACAACUCAAAGAACUUUAUAUUUCCAGAAAUAAGUUGAAGACCCUACCAGAUGCCUCCUUCUUACCCACGUUACGCGUCUUGAGAAUCAGCAGAAAUACAGUAAGUACUUUCACUAAGGAGCAACUUGAUUCUUUUAGCACAUUGGAGGCUUUGGAAGCUGGCAGUAACAAUUUCCUUUGCUCCUGUGAAUUCCUGGCUUUCACUCGGGAGCAGCAGUCGCUGGCCCAGAUCCUGACCGACUGGCCAGACAACUACCUGUGUGAUUCUCCAUUCUCUGUGCAUGGCCAGCAGGUUAAGGACACGCGGCUCCCGGCCUCUGAAUGCCACCGGGUGGCUCUGGUGUCUGCUGUGUGCUCGGUCCUUUUCCUGCUGAUACUGCUCACGGGGGUCCUGUGUCACCACUUCCAUGGGCUGUGGUACCUGAAAAUGAUGUGGGCCUGGCUCCAGGCCAAGAGGAAGCCCAGGAAAGCGCCCCCCAGGGACGUGUGCUAUGAUGCCUUCGUGUCCUACAGUGAGCGCGAUUCCUACUGGGUGGAGAACAUGAUGGUCCAGGAGCUGGAGCACUUCGACCCUCCCUUCAAGCUGUGCCUUCACAAGCGGGACUUUAUCCCCGGCAAAUGGAUCAUUGACAAUAUCAUUGACUCCAUCGAGAAGAGCCACAAGACCAUCUUUGUGCUCUCAGAGAACUUUGUGAAGAGUGAGUGGUGUAAGUAUGAGCUGGACUUCUCCCAUUUUCGACUUUUUGAUGAGAACAACGAUGCUGCCAUUCUCAUUCUUCUGGAGCCCAUUGAGAAGAAGGCCAUCCCCCAGCGUUUCUGUAAGCUGCGGAAGAUAAUGAACACCAAGACCUACUUGGAGUGGCCCACAGAUGAAACUCAGCAGGAAGUGUUUUGGUUAAAUUUGAGAACAGCAAUAAAGUCCUAGAUUCCUUCAUUAAAGGCCAGUCUGGGUCUGCUGGUGGUCUUUGUAUCACUAGUGGUAGCUUAUUCUGACAUGGUUGUAUGGAAACUGUUUGCAGACUUGCUUAUUAAAACCAGUAAAACUGUUGAUAUUUUGUUUUGUUUUAUAAAAACUACCAGAGUAAAAAUAAAA